AUGACCACUGGUCAUCGCGAGCUUGGUCCUUAUGGGCGUGCCUGUGCUACCUGCGCCCGCGCAAAAUGUAAAUGUAUUCCUCGGGCUGGUGGAAGCAGUUGUGAGAGGUGUCACCGCUUGAAUAAGAAAUGCAUCCAGCCAGUCCGGCAGCGAAAGCUUAAACCUCUUUCGAAGAGAGUGCAGCUGGAGCACAAGCUAGACGGGUUGAUGACUCUAUUGGCAUCGGCGGGGCAGUCACAGCCCCAGCCCCAGCCGCUGUCUGAUUCGGUGAGGGACAUGAACACAAACAUCGUCACUUCUGGGACCGAGCCCCCCUAUAGCGAUUCAGGAUUGCUAGGGACUGUGAUGUCAGGGCCAGGUCUAGACCAAGGCUCGGAAGAAGAAGCUUGUCUAGCUUCUUUCCGUACAGAAAAGCUCCCGGUCUUCCCAGUUGUUCAUAUCCCAGACACUAUGUCUGCAAAAGAUUUUAAACAACAGUCGCCAUUUCUGUGGCGCUGUAUUGCUACCAUCCAAUGCAAACACCCGUCCCGCCAGUCUGAACUUUGCAUGAGUAUUCGUGAAGUAGCAGCGAAGAGACUGCUUGUGGAUUGCGCAAAGAACCUGGACCUUCUACAGGGAGUCUUGAUGUAUCUUACCUGGUAA